CUUUGCAAUCCAGUGCCAGUCCUCUUUUGGGGUGAACAGUGGCCACCCCAGGAAAACUGCUGUCUAAAUAGUGACAUUGGACUGCUUCUGAACGUCUUAACUGUCACUUACUGUAAAAUCUUUCUCUUGAAGUCCCUUAAGGGGCAUGGGUACGCCUAGGGGCGGACUGACCAUUUGGUAACUCGGGCACUGCCCGAGGGCCCUAGGUCAGUAGGGGGCCCCAUGAGAUGCCCCUUGUACCUUUUUCAUAGGCUUUUUUGGGUGUGGGUGAGGACACAGGGGUCCCAUGAUCCCCUAUUGUCCGGGGCCCCAUGA